CAAAUAUUUUCAGAGGCAGCUGGGUCACACGCCCCAACUACCACCUUAAACAAAGAUAUAAAAAGAUUGGAUUGUUCUAUGGCAUAGCCAUCACAAAGACUUGACACUAGUUUGAAAAAAUUUCAAUCUCUUCCACAAAGAAUUCCCCAGAAAAAUUAUCAUUAUGAGUGCUGAACUAGUACAGGUGGAUGAAAUCCCCUUUCCUUCUCAGAUCACAAAGACAAAGCCACUAAACCUCCUUGGUCAUGGAAUCACAGACGUUGAGGUACACUUCUUGCAAAUCAAGUUCACAGCAAUUGGAGUUUACUUUGAUCCUGAGAUUUUCAGCCACCUUCAGCAAUGGAAGGGGAAAGCUGGAAGUUCUCUAGCUGAAGAUGAUGACUUCUUUGAAGCUAUUGUUUCUGCCCCAGUGGAGAAAUUUUUGAGAGUUGUAGUGAUCAAGGAGCUUAAAGGAGCCCAAUAUGGGGUGCAACUAGAGAGUGCUGUUAGGGACAGAUUGGCUGCUGAUGACAAAUAUGAAGAUGAGGAAGAAGCUGCCUUAGAGAAAGUUGUUGAAUUCUUCCAAUCUAAAUAUUUGAAAAAGAAUUCCAUUAUCACAUUCCAUUUCCCUGCGACUUCUUCCACAGCUGAGAUUGGCUUUGCAAGUGAAGGAAAAGAGUCUAAAAUCACAGUGGAGAAUGCAAAUGUGGUUGAGAUGAUCCAGAAAUGGUACUUGGGCGGAACAAGGGGAGUGUCUGCUACAACCAUAUCAUGCCUGGCUAAGAAUCUCUCAGCUGAGCUAUCAAAAUGAAGUAGCUAAAUAGUUUCUGAUAAUAAAAAGAGCUUUACUGUUGGCUCUUCUGGUUUUGUGGGAUCAUUGGAAACUAUUGCUUGAAUGAGUCUGGUAUGCUUUUUUUACCAAUAAAAAUGUAAGUUUUUUUUU